AGCGAGGCAGAAGUGAACCCCAAAGCUUACCCGCUGGCUGAUGCACAGCUCACCAAGACGCUGCUGGACCUCGUGCAGCAGUCGUGCAACUACAAGCAGCUACGCAAAGGAGCCAAUGAAGCCACCAAAACACUGAACCGAGGAAUAGCAGAGUUCAUUGUGAUGGCUGCCGACGCUGAACCCUUGGAGAUCAUCCUGCACCUCCCUCUUCUCUGCGAGGACAAGAAUGUUCCUUACGUGUUCGUGCGCUCCAAGCAGGCCCUGGGCCGGGCAUGUGGGGUUUCCCGGCCUGUCAUUGCCUGUUCCAUCACUAUCAAGGAGGGAUCACAGCUAAAGCCUCAGAUCCAGUCUGUACAGCAAGCUAUAGAGAGACUGUUGGUCUGAGUGCCCAUGAGUUCGAGUGUGUGUGGAAUGGGUAAAGAUGAAGUCAGGGGGAAUUAAUGUCUAGCUUUAGUUGAUGACGUUAGUUUUGAUAUCAGUGUUCCAUUUCAAAACAUCACAUUUUUGUUUAAUAGUGGCUUAAUUCUUGAAGUGUGUCUGCCUCUUCUCCCUGCCUUUUUCUAUUAUUCCACUCCAACGCUCAUUCUCAUCGUAUUACUUCUUGGAAAGUGAUUGUACAACUGUAUUUACUGUUUGAUGUUUAAAAGAAAAAGAAAAUAUCCCCUCCUAUCUCCACAUCUGCCUGCUCAGGGCUUUUAUAACCUACCCAUUAGCUUCCUAAUGCUUCAGCCUCCAACAGAUGUGAGUAUCUCUCUGUUUCAGAAUGGUUUAGUGUAUGGAGGACAAGGUGUGUUGGUUCCGCAGCACAAUGUCCCUGUUUGGGCUGAUGGAGUUGUUGCUUUGAAGUGAAGCAGCACAGACCACUUAUAGGACUGUGGCUACUGUGUAGCAGCAGGUGGGGCCAGGGUCAGUACACAUAGCACAACCCUUCCUUUUAAGAGGUGUAUGGGGAGCUGAAAUCUUACGGCAGUGCACAAGGGGAAAUCUCUAAUUUCACUUAUUUUUAAAUGCUGAUUUUUUUUAAAGAAAAUAAAAAUUACUGACAAAUCUAAA